CUAACUUCCACGCCAUUCACCUUUCUCAACGUCGCCGACGUCCGUCCAGAGAUGUCGUCCGCACCUGAUACCCUCCCGAUAUUCACGCAGAGCUCGGCCUACUCCCUCGGUUUCGUCGUCGUCGUCGGCAUCGUCGCGUACGUCUCGUCGAAUUUGCUCCUUCCCAAAAAUGCGAGCUGGCAAGACCGCUUCACCUGGAUCUGGCUUGCAUUUGACGCGAUGAUCCACUUCACCUUCGAGGGCUCCUUCCUCUGGCUGUCCAUAUUCGGCCGGCAGGUCAACACCAGCAUCGGUCCCUUCGCUGAGCUGUGGAAGGAGUAUGCCCGCGCCGACGCGCGCUGGGGCUUCUCUGAUCCGACUGUUGUCUCGCUGGAGAUCCUGACCGUCCUGGGUGCGGGACCUAUGUGCUGCUACAUCCUCAAGCAACUCGCACAGGAUGAUCCUGCCAGGCAUUACUGGAUCGUAGUGCUGAGCACUGCGGAACUGUACGGAGGUUGGAUGACAUUCUGUCCCGAGUGGCUCACAGGAAACCAGUAUCUCAACACGGACAACGUGCUGCAUUUCUGGGUUUAUCUGGUCUUUAUGAAUGUGAUCUGGGUGAUCAUACCCAUCUGGCUCAUGAUCGAUUCCUAUCGACACAUUGCUCGCUCCCUUCGUGUAGCGCAGGUCGCUACCAGGGCCAAAAAGAACUAAUUUUGCUCGCCGGAACGGAGGGCAUUAGCUCACCGCUUUGGUGAUGCGAUUUGGACAUUGCUCAAUGGGAAAUAAUAUCAGUGAGAGAGGAUCUACCAGAAUACCCUGCUUUCUUGCUUUCGCAUCUUUGCGCUCUCCCAUUUAUACAAGCUAUUAUCGGCUGUAAAUUGAUACCUAUUGCUUUCGGUGUUGUGUUCACCUUCCAGCGAACUUCGAUGUCUUACUGUUGUUGCUUUCAUAUAUUUACUGAUUAAUCAAGACGAACGCAAGUGGUACACAUUGCAACUACAGCGCUCACGCCGUGAACCCCCCCCUCC